AUGAAAGCAUUGGUUAAAAAUUUGGGGGAUCAAUUUAAUGUUCCAGUGGAUGAGCUGGAAAAUUUAAAUAUUGAUAAAUUCGUAGAUGAUGCUAUCAAAGUUCAACAAGGAGAGAUUGCAACACUGAGGGAAGAUCAAAUUAUAAAAACUUGUACUGACCAAAAUCGCGAUUGGAUGAACUCAAAUUACUGGAAAGCAAUAGAAAGUGGAUCUAUGCAUUACGUGGAUGAUGAUGAUCUUGUCACUCUGCGCAGCAAUCGCACAUCUUCCCAAGAAUACUUAUUACAAAUACCAUUGUCUCAUUCAUUCUCACCUAAUUUGGUGAUAAGUGGGUAUGCUCCUUGUGUACCCACUCCCGUCAAUCCUUUUCCUCAACAUCCCAUAUUGUCCGAACAAUCUCCAAUGGCUCAACUGAGCCGACCGACUGUUUUAAAUCUUCAGAAUAGUUUAAACUUUGCUGACAACUUCCAAAACUCAUUCGAUUGCUCGUUUUUCGAAGAUAAACUUACUCUACAAGAGAGAUGGAGUGAAGAAGCUAAACGAAGAUAUGAGCAAUAUCAACAAACGUGGGAGCGUUUUCGAACAACAAAAAGAAAACAUUAA